AUGGGGUUUUUUAAAAAGAACAGAAAAGGAAACUUUAAUCGAAAUCAAGAAAGUGAAAUAAAAGUGGACAAGAUAAUUCUAAGUGGUAUUUUUUAUAAAUAUUGCGAAAAUGACUUGGUUAUUAAGAAUAAAUUAGAAAAUUUAGUUCCCUAUUUUAAUGGUAGGAUAUAUUUAGAAAAUAAAGAAGAAAUAGGAAAAGUAGAUGAAAUACUUGGACCCAUUAACGAAUUUUAUUUUUCAGUUAAAUUAAAAGAAGGGAUACAUGCAAAAUCUUUCUCAAAUAAUACUCAGUUUUUCAUUGAUCAGUCGCAAACCUUACCAUUAAGUAGAUUUUUACCACAAGAAAAAAAAACCACACAUCAACCAAAAAAAAAAAAAAAAUCGAAUAGAGAAAAAAAGAAAAAUAAUUUUACUCCAAAUGUUAAGAAAUCCAAUAAUUUCUCUUUUAGGGGUCAACAUAAAAAUGAUAGAGGUGGAAGGAAUGAUAAUAAUCGCCGUAACAGAAAUAGUGGGAACUUCAAAAAUGAUAAAAACAAUUUCAAGAACAGAUCUAAUAGUGGUCGUAAGUUUGGAAAUCAAAGAGGCCGUUUUUAG